CAAAAAGGAGACACAGUGAACUGAAGACUUCUUCCUACGGACUCUAGCGUCACGUGCAUUCUUACACUGAGCUGAGAUGCCUGCAGAGAGCUCAGUGCGACACAGAUCUGCAGUAGGUCGAUUCCCAUCUGUCACUCUGGGAUUCGGGGACGACACAGAGGAAGAAAAAGAACUGGAAGAAGAUGACUUUCAGAAAGAGAACGCGUGUCGACGGUGGCUGCGUCGGGCAUGUCCAUGCUGCUGUCCCCAGACCAGUGACGAUGACAUUACCGAUACGAUGGUCACUGGGAUCGAUGAUCCAGACAAAGAGGAAAACACUGAUAAACCUGCCACUGGUGCCAACGAGCUUGAAGAACUUCUCCUGAAAGUGCAAUCAGUCGAUCUCAUGAAGAGCAAAUCAGGGGAAAACCGCAAGCAACACCACACAGACCUCUACCAAAGUGAUAACUUCAUUAUCCGACGAGGGCAGACCUUCCACAUGUGGAUAACCCUGUCUCGGCCUUUUAACCGCAACACGGACAAGCUUCAUCUAGAUCUCAAAACAGGAAAACUGCCAGUUGUGUCAAAAAGAACCCACGUGAUCGUGCCUCUGGUGGAGGAGUUGAAGGACGAUUGUUGGGGAGCUGUGGUUGUAAAGGAGGAUAACCGAAGGAUGAAGCUAUCAGUGAACUCUCCACCAACGGCAAUCAUUGGCCAAUAUCAGCUCAGAGUAGAAACAGACAGCGUAAAUGGCCAGUACCUGUCCACACACAACCCUGAAAAUGACAUCUACAUCCUGUUCAACCCCUGGUGUGAAGGUGACACAGUGUACAUGCAUUCUGAGGAAGAGCGACAGGAGUACGUCCUGAACGACGUGGGCCGAAUCUACUACGGCACGAUGAAUCAGAUCGGAGUGAGAACAUGGGACUACGGACAGUUUGACGAAGGGAUUCUUGCCGCUUGCUUCUUUAUCCUAGAAAAGAGUGAAACGCCUCCUACAGGUUGGGGUGAUCCAGUUAAUGUGGUGCGAGUCAUCUCAGCCAUGAUCAACAGUGUUGAUGACCAUGGAGUUGUGGAAGGGAAUUGGUCUGGACAUUAUUCUGAAGGGACUGCUCCAACUACAUGGAGUGGAAGUGUGGAAAUCCUGAAUAAAUAUCAUACAAACAACGGCGCUCCUGUGAAGUAUGGCCAGUGCUGGGUCUUUGCUGGUGUGGUCACUACAGUUUUAAGGUGCCUUGGCGUUCCCGGUCGAACUGUGACCAAUUUCAGCUCAGCUCAUGACACGGACGUCUCGUUGACCACAGACGUGUACCUGGACGAGAACCUGGAGCCUAUAGAGCACCUGAAUGCCGACUCUGUCUGGAACUUCCAUGUGUGGAACGACUGCUGGAUGGCUCGUCCAGAUUUGCCUGCAGGCCAUGGAGGCUGGCAGGCUGUUGAUGCCACACCUCAGGAGACAAGCCUGGGCACAUUUCGCUGUGGUCCGGCUUCUGUCACUGCUGUCCGCCACGGUCAGGUCUACUUGAAGCACGACACUCCGUUUGUGUUUGCCGAGGUGAAUAGUGACAAAAUCUACUGGCAGAGGAAUGCUGAUGGUACCUUCAGUCAAAUAUACAGUGAGAAGAAGGUCGUGGGUCAUUUUAUCAGCACCAAGGCUGUUGGAUCUGAUGAACGCAAUGAUAUAACAAGCCUUUACAAACAAGCCGAAGGGUCGGUGGAGGAACGCAUCGCAGUGGAAACAGCAUGUCGGUACGGCUCCAAAUCAGAAGCGUACUCUGCUCCCACCGCCGAGGACGUCUCUUUAGAAGUGGUCAUGGAUGGGGAGGGUCCUGAAAUGGGAGGCGAUGCAGAGCUGAGUAUCGUGCUGCGAAACAGCAGCUCAAAGAACCGCCAGAUCUCACUGCACAGUCAGGUGGCGGUCAUGUACUACACAGGGGUCCACAAAGCAAUAGUCAGGAAGGACACCACAGACGUGGAGAUGCUGCCCAAUGAGGAGAAGAGUAUGGACUGGGUUCUGGAAUACAAAGACUACAAGGACCAGCUGGUUGACCAGGCGGCCAUGAUGCUGACGCUGUCAGGCAGGGUCAAAGAAACCCAGCAGGUCCUGGCCACUCAGUUCAACUUUCGACUCAGGACUCCAGACCUCAUCAUAAAACCAAUCGGGAAGGCAGUGGUUGGAGAAAAGAUGGCUGUAGAGAUCUCAUUCACAAACCCACUACCACAAGUGCUGAAAGCAGUGUUGUUCCAUGUGGAAGGUCUUGGCCUUCUACCGGCUCAAAAGAUUAAUUAUGGAGAUAUUGGGAGCCAUGCCUCAGUGUCUCUCACUGAGCACUUCGUUCCCACUCUUCCCGGACCGAGGAAAUUACUGGCGUCACUGGACUGUAAGCAGCUCACGCAGGUUCAUGGAGUCAGCGACAUUACUGUGGAGGACAAAAGCAAUGCCACUCAAUAGCAAGGCACUUUGGCUCUGAAUGCUUCUUGUUAUUUUUUCCAUAAAGGCACUUAUUUCAUUUUGUUUCCUCAUGGAGCCUUCCAUUUAUUUGAGUUUCAUUUAUUUAUAUGAAAGCCACUUUUUAAUGUUCCCAUACAGUAUGCAAAAAAUAUUUUUGUGAUAACAGAGAUAACAAAUGACAGAGAAUCUGAGUUUGUGAAAGGCCACAGUGUAGCUUGGAACAAAUUAUUUGAUACAAGGAGUGGAGAAGUGGUGCGCAACAGUCAGUACAGAGGUUGAACAAACAGGCAGCUGUGAAGUAAGAGACAAGCUCUGUUUAACAACUGCAAUACUAUUAAAAAUGUGUGCUGGCUCCAUAGUCACUGUUUAUUUAUUUUCUUUUGAUGUUGCGUUGACUGUUACAAUAAAUGUUGUUAUUUUAAGCUGCAGCGUGGGUCUUUUAAUUGAAAAUAAAUAUGCAUCACAGCUCACUUACCAAAGAUGAGGAAGAUGAGAAUCAUGAGCAAAUUUGUGAAAGUGCUACCUGCAAUGCAGCUGUUCAUUUUUUUUGCUGAAGGUGAACUUUUUGUCUUCUCCUCAAUACACACAAUCUGCGCUGGU